GCAGAUGGUUGGGAACAUUUCACUUGUUUACUAACUUUUAUAUUAAACCAACACAAUUUAUACAUUUACACUCAAAACUUCUACCAUCUUCCUUUUAACUUGCCCUUAACAACGGCAGGCUUUGAGAGCGAAGAUGAAAACACAAACAUUUAUGUCUCCGCCACGAGCCCGAAAAAAAAAAUGCCCUAAUUCUGUUAUUAGACUGUUUCAUGAGCUUAUAAUAAGCAUGUUACUGAAGUUGUUAGCUUUGACUGUCAUUAGAAUCGUCGUACGAUCUGAUUCUGGUUGGGUUGUCAGGCAAAUGUGUUGGCAUCUGAAUCUAUCAGAAUAUUGUGUUAUGAUGUUUGGUUCCUCUUGCUGUUUUGGUGAGUUGAAACUAAGUUUUUCACUGAACUUGUUAGCUUUGACUCUCAUUAGAAUCGUCGUACGAUCUGAUUCUGGUUGGGUUGUCAGGCAAAUGUGUUGGCAUCUGAAUCUAUCAGAAUAUUGUGUUAUGAUGUUUGGUUCCUCUUGCUGUUUUGGUGAGUUGAAACUAAGUUUUUCACUGAACUUGUUAGCUUUGACUCUCAUUAGAAUCGUCGUACGAUCUGAUUCUGGUUGGGUUGUCAGGCAAAUGUGUUGGCAUCUGAAUCUAUCAGAAUAUUGUGUUAUGAUGUUUGGUUCCUCUUGCUGUUUUGGUGAGUUGAAACUAAGUUUUUCACUGAACUUGUUAGCUUUGACUCUCAUUAGAAUCGUCGUACGAUCUGAUUCUGGUUGGGUUGUCAGGCAAAUGUGUUGGCAUCUGAAUCUAUCAGAAUAUUGUGUUAUGAUGUUUGGUUCCUCUUGCUGUUUUGGUGAGUUGAAACUAAGUUUUUCACUGAACUUGUUAGCUUUGACUCUCAUUAGAAUCGUCGUACGAUCUGAUUCUGGUUGGGUUGACAGGCAAAUGUGUUGGCAUCUGAAUCUAUCAGAAUAUUGUGUUAUGAUGUUUGGUUCCUCUUGCUGUUUUGGUGAGUUGAAACUAAGUUUUUCACUGAAGUUGUUAGCUUUGACUCUCAUUAGAAUCGUCGUACGAUCUGAUUCUGGUUGGGUUGACAGGCAAAUGUGUUGGCAUCUGAAUCUAUCAGAACAUUGUGUUAUGGUGUUUGGUUCCUCUUGCUGUUUUGGUGAGUUGAAACUAAGUUUUUCACUGAAGUUGUUAGCUUUGACUCUCAUUAGAAUCGUCGUACGAUCUGAUUCUGGUUGGGUUGUCAGGCAAAUGUAUUGGCAUCUGAAUCUAUCACACCAUUGUGUGAUGGUGUUUGGUUACUCUAGUCUCUGGUGGUGUUGUGAACUACGUAGCAUUCACCUAGUCAAAUGUUGGAUUUGUUCCAUUCGUCGUUCAAGUAAUUGCUACUGGUACAUUGGUAUUGAUUUGUUUGGUAUACAUGCGUUUUAUGUUUUGAUUGCCAGUUCCUUUUUGUUAAAUACAUCAUGAGAAGCAAUUUUGUUAUUUACAUAAACGAUUUAGUGUUGUUCCAAGGUAUAAACCAGUCGGUUUUUUAUAUUGUCAAUUUGAAUGCAACUUCACUUUUAGUGUGGUUUUUCCAUAAAUCAGUGAAGUGCAGUUUAGUUCUGUCUAUUUAUAUAGACAUAAACGGUAUAUUGGUGUUCCCAGGUAUAAAGCAUACAUGCACUUGCAUGUUCAAGUUAAUAUGUUUAAUUAGUCGGUGGUGCUUAUAUAAGCCCACACGCAAUACUUAUGAUUAUGGUAGAUCUAGUUGCCUCUGGCAUACGUUGGUGAUACGUUGCAAACCAAAUAACUGCUAUUGCUUUAGCGGUUACUUGGUGGUUUUGUUGUCGUGUAUUUUUGCAGUAAAUAGCUAUACGUUUAGCUGUUGCUUGGUAAUUUUGCUGUCGUGUAUUUUAGCAAUAAAUAGCUAUUUGUUUAGCUGUUGCUUGGUGAUUUUGCUGGUGUAUAUUUUAGCAAUAAAUAGCUAUACGUUUAGCUGUUACGUGGCGAUUUUAAAUACGUCUCUUUUGUACUACAACCACGUUAUUUAUUGGUGGUAUCGUUGGCCUAUCAGUUACCAUCGAUGUUCGAUGUGUUUGAUAAAUAAUUCAAGUAAUUGUUACUGGUAUAUUGAAUAUGAAGUGGUAGAUAAAAGAAUCGAUUUCAAUCAGGUGCGUUAUAUCGACGAUCAUAUAUUUAAACCAAAUGGGUUGAUGUUGAGUUCUUUAGUCUCGGGUCAUCUCUGUUCGAUACUAAAGAAAACUCAGCAUAAGAAAGACAAGGAUAAAACUAGCCGUCUGUAUUGUCAAACUGAAUUAUAUUGUAGCGAUCUCAAAUCAGUAAAGUCGAAAGAGAACGAAAGUUUACUAACCGGCUUCUGUAGUAGAAAGACAGCAAAUUUUAAUAUUAGUGCUGUGUUCAAGUCAUUGGAUGCCAGUUUCCCAUUGUCGCUUUCGCGGCAUUAUGUAUGUUUUCCAUUGUUGUAUAAUCAUCUGGGGCCUCCUACUUUGUCAAAUUAUGAAAGGCGUCAGCCUGUGAUAAAUACUUUUAGUAAUACACGUUCUCGGUUGCUAGCAACGCCUAAUUACACUCAACAACAUGGUUUCCCUACGACACAUUCCACACGACCGUAUAGGUUCCCGACGGCAAAUUGUUCUCGACCGUAUAGGUUCACAACGGCAAAUUAUUCUCGACCAUAUAGAUUCCCGACGGCAAAUCAUUCGCCACCGUAUUGGUUCCCUACGACACAUUCCACACGACCGUAUAGAUUCCCGACGGCAAAUUGUUCUCGACGGUAUAGGUUCCCAACGGCAAAUUAUUCUCGACCAUAUAGAUUCCCGACGGCAAAUUAUUCGCCACCGAAUUGGUUCCCAACGACACAUUCCACACGACGGUAUAGGUUCCCGACGGCAAAUUAUUCUCGGCCAUUUUGGUACCCGACGGCAAAUUAUUCGCCACCGUAUAGGUUCCCGACGGAAAAUUAUUCGCCACCGUAUAGAUUCCCGACGGCAAAUUAUUCGCCACCGUAUUGGUUCCCUACGACACAUUCAACACGACCGUAUAGGUUCCUGACGGAAAAUUACGCACUUCCCCCUUCGUUACCAACUCCAAACUAUGUAAGACCCCCUUUGUUACCAACUCCUAACUACGUACGACCCCCUUUAUU